CAUUGGACAAAACGCGGCCGCUCCUCGCUUCUGAUUGGCUCGCAAACGACACGGCCGCAUUUCAAACUGGACCUCUGUUGCGUGUUGAGCGUUUGAGCGUCAGUGCGAAGUUUAACUCAGCGCAACGGGACACAUGCGUUAAAAAAAAAAGAAAAGAAGAAGAAGCUAACAACGCAGCAUGUAGCUAGCUGCUGCGCUAAUUCACAUCGUUUUAAAAUGGCGGAAACCUCCAGUUCGGCGCGGCGAGGGUUUCUGGAGAUCAGCCCGGGGAGGAGAGGCGACGCUGACAAGGAGAACCACGUCCCGGUUCUGAGUCUCAUCCAGUUUUCCAAAGCUCCCUUCGUCGCGUUCGGGACCGUGAAGCUCGGAACCUCCAGGUCGGUGGUGCUGCGGGUGGAGAACCCGGCAGAAGAUGCGGAGGCCGAGGUCAGAGUGGAGAAGAUCCCGUCGAGCAAAGGCUUCUCUGUGGACCACAGCUCCUUCACCAUCCAGCCUGAGUCCUCGUUCAGUUUGACGAUAACCUGGACUCCAGCAGAGGAAGGUGGGAUCAGAGAGCUCAUCGUCUUCAACGCCAACGGGGUCCUCAAGCACCAGGCUGUGAUGCUGGGGAGAGCCGAGGCAUUGAAAAAGAAAAAGAAAAGCUUAUGGGACACAAUCAAAAACAAAAAUGAAGGAGGAAAGGUUGCUGCCCCGCGAGGAAAGAGAACGGAGCCCCCGCUGAAGAUGGCGGCCAACAAAACCUUCCAAGUGUCCCGAGAGCCGCGGUAUAAACGGGACAAGCCACGCAGCCCACUCGCUUCGCUCAACGAGGGCAAAGCCACCCGGGAGAGGUCGCUCACGAAGCAGAGUCCCGUCGACCAUCGUCGCUCUCGCACAUCGGAGGAGCUCAAGGCUUCAAACCCCAAACUGAGGCCACAGUCUCUGGCCUUGUCGGACCAGGAGAACAUCUAUCACAUCCAGAGGAGCUCUCCCGUCGUCCUGCUCGUCCCAGCCGCGAAGCUGAGGGAUGCGUCCGCCAGCCCAGAGGUCUUGGCGAUCAAACCUGAAAACAAAGAUAUUACCAAAAUACUGAACCAGACACUUUCACCCAUCGGGACACCAGAGAGGUUCAAGAAACUCAUGCCUCGUAUUCAGACAGAAAGCCCUCUUUCUGCCACAGGAAGGUCUGAUGACGAUGAUACCAGCGAGUUACCUGGAACCCCAGCUCUGUCUCUGAAAGAUGCACUGGCCCUCAUUGACUCUGAUCUGAGCUUCACCAUCACCAGUCCUCCAGGCAAUAGUUCCAGCUGUGUCCUGUCAGAUUCACUGGAAUCCAAGAGUGGGACCGACAGCAGAGGACUCGACAGACAUCUCCUCAAAGCGUUACCGGACAGCCCCGAGGUGGCCGAGUCAAAUGAGCCGAGACUGACCUUCUUUGUCAGCAACAAGGUCGUCGCGGACGAAGAAAUGGUAAAAAAGACGUCUUUCACUUCUGCCACAGUGAUCAAGAGCAAAGCACCGACGGAGGAAAACAGUCUGAGUGGAAGGAAAAUCAAGAAGUCCAGGCGGCGGCUCUUGGAGAAAACGCUGGAGCUCUCUGACAGCAGCGGUCAGUGUGAGUCGGGGACAGGUACACCUAAACUUCCUGUUAUAGAUCCCGACACAGGAAGUACAGGAAGCAGCCGUCUGUGCGACGACACGCAUCAAAUGCCAGAGUUCAUCUCUUCCAGCCCGACUCCAGGAUUCUAUGGCUCGAACACACCCAUCACCUUCCCCAUCACCUCCCCUCCAUCCACGGCUCCCACUCGCUUCUCCUUCUCCCUCACCUCCCCACCUCCUCCUGCAGUCGUCCCCGCUUCCAUUUCUUUCACUCUCACCUCUCCGUCACCCUCGUCUUGUCCCCUUCGCCGCGACCUCUCAUCAAGCCCUGAUGUGCACGAGCAGCGUCCAGCGGCCGCCGCGCCUCCGUCCACCCAGGAAGACUCAUUUCCCGUUCACGUGGCAGUGAACAGCAAGAAGAGGAAGAGUGAGGAGUAUCUGAGGAGCGACGUGAAGGUGCAGGAGGCGGUGAAGCCUGACAGGGUCAAGAGGAGCAAAGUGGUGGCAGCAAAAACUGAGUCCUCAAGAUCAGUGCAGGAGAGAAGUGCAUCACAGAGGCAACAGCGGAGAACAGCCGGUUCAGUUCGCUCAACGUCGUCUCUGCAGAGCUCACGGUCCGUGGUUCCCGUCCCGGCCAAGCGACCGAGCUCCAAACACACCCCACGAGUUGCACCAUCUCUAAAAUCUGCUUCAUCUGUGAGGACGGCAAAAGUUGUUGCUGUUGCGCAGUCAAGGCUGACGUUCGUUAAGCCGCUGCAAACAGCCAUACCGAGGCACCCGAUGCCUUUCGCUGCCAAGAACAUGUUCUUUGACGAGAGGUGGCUUGAGAAGCAGGAGAGGGGAUUCACGUGGUGGAUCAACUAUGUCCUCACCCCCGACGACUUCAAAGUCAACACCGAAGUUGCUAAAGUGAGCGCCGUGUCCCUGGCGAUGGGCAACGACGACAACUUCAGUGUGCCCAAAGCUCCCACCAAGGAGGAGAUGUCUUUCAGCACCUACACGGCCCGACGGAAGCUGAACCGCCUCCGUCGCUCAGCCUGCCAGCUGUUCACGUCCGACGCCAUGUCGAAGGCCAUUCAGAGGCUGGAGGUGGAGGUGGAGGCCAAGCGGCUGCUCGUCCGAAAGGACCGCCAUCUUUGGAAGGACAUCGGUGAACGCAAAAAAUUGCUCAACUGGCUUCUCUCCUACAAUCCGCUGUGGUUGCGGAUCGGCCUUGAGACAAUCUACGGGGAGUUGAUCUCGCUGGAGAGCAACAGUGACGCCUUGGGUCUGGCCAUGUUCAUCCUCCAGCGGCUGCUCUGGAAUCCAGACAUCGCUGCAGAGUUCAGACACCUCAAAGUGCCUCACCUCUACAAAGACGGCCACGAGGAGGCGCUGUCUCGCUUUACGCUGAAGAAGCUGCUCCUGCUGGUUUGUUUCCUGGACAAGGCCAAAGAGUCUCGGCUGAUCGAGCACGACCCCUGUCUGUUCUGUGUGGACGCAGAGUUCAAG